AUUUUGCUUACUUUCAUGACUGAUCGAGUGGCUGGUCAGAUUCGUUAUUCUAUACCAGAGGAGAUGAAGAAAGGCUCUAUUAUUGGCAAUGUAGCACAAGACCUCGGUCUGGAUCUGAAACGGCUUCGCUCUGGCCGUGCCCGUAUCGUGAGUGGAGAAAACAUCCAGUACACUGAGCUGAAGACGGACAAAGGGAUUCUAGUCGUGAAUGAGAGAAUAGACCGAGAGCAGCUUUGUGGAGACGUGACACCGUGUAGCCUCAGCUUCGAAAUCAUUUUAGAAAAUCCAAUUGAACUUCAUCGUGUAACUGUCGAAAUUUUAGAUAUUAAUGACAAUGCCCCUUUCUUUCCAAAUAAAGACAUCAUGUUUGAAACGAGCGAAUCUGCUACAAUCGGAGCUAAAUUUCCUGUUGAAAGCGCAGUUGAUCCUGACGUUGGACUAAACGCAUUACAAAAUUACAUUAUAUCUCCGAAUAAUUAUUUUAUUCUCAAACAGCAUGCAAAUCCAGACGGCAGUAAAUACGCUGAAUUGGUCCUUCAGAAGCCAUUAGACAGAGAGGAACACCCAAUUCUUUCUCUGAAAGUAAUUGCUGUCGACGGUGGGAACCCACAGAGAUCUGGCACAGUCAACAUAAAUGUAUCUGUUUUAGAUGUUAACGAUAAUGCUCCUGUGUUCAACCAGUCAGUUUACAGGGCAUUCGUUGUGGAAAAUGCGCCAAAAGGGACUUAUAUUACAACAGUUAACGCCACUGAUGCAGACAUUGGCUCUAAUGGGGAAAUAAUAUUCAGUUUUUCCAAGAUAAAAGGCAAUACGGUCGACAUGUUUAGUUUCGACGAAAACACGGGUGUCAUUUCAGUUUCAGGGCUUAUAGACUUUGAGAAAGAGAAGAAAUAUGAGCUCAGGCUAGAGGCAAGGGAUCGAGGAGGUUUGACUGGGACCAGUAAAAUAAUAAUUGAUGUAAGUGACGUUAAUGACAAUGUCCCUGUAAUUAAUAUCAUGUCAUUUUCUAAUACUGUAUCGGAAGAUGCUCCCCUUGGCACGACAGUAGCUGUCAUCAAUGUCAAAGACGCCGACUCAGCGAAAAACGGACAGAUAAAAUGUACUAUAGACAAAACGCUUCCCUUUAAAAUCCAGUCGUCAUUAACGAAUUACUAUAAUUUGGUGGCAGACCAGCAUUUUGAUAGAGAGACUAUUUCUGAAUAUGAUAUUAAAAUAGUAGCCACCGACUCAGGGUCCCCUCCUCUUUCCAGCUUCGUCACAUUGCAACUUAGAAUCUCUGACGUAAAUGACAAUGGGCCAUUGUUCGACAAGAAUUCCUAUUCUGCUUACAUCACAGAGAAUAAUUCCCCUGGAGUGUCCGUCAUCACUGUCAGCGCGCGCGACUCUGAUUGGAAUCAAAACGCCAGGAUCUCUUAUUUUCUUGAGGACACACAAAUCAGCGGCAAUCCCGUUACUAACUAUUUGUCCAUAAACUCUGAAACAGGGAUUUUACACGCGGUGCGUUCGUUUGAUUAUGAGCAAAUCAAAGAACUUCAUCUCACUGUGAAAGCUCAGGAUGGAGGUUCCCCUCCACUCAGUAGCAAUGUGACAGUGAAAAUAAUAAUCCAGGACCAGAACGACAACCCGCCUCAGGUUCUGUACCCAGUCCAGACCGGUGGCUCUCUGGUGGCUGAAAUGGUGCCUCGCUCAGCAGAUGUGGGCUAUCUGGUGACUAAAGUGGUGGCUGUGGAUGUGGACUCUGGACAGAAUGCCUGGCUCUCCUAUAAACUGCAGAAAGCCACAGACAGGGCGCUGUUUGAAGUGGGCUUACAGAAUGGAGAAAUAAGAACUAUCCGCCAGGUGACUGAUAAAGAUGCUGUAAAACAAAGACUGACUGUUAUAGUGGAGGACAACGGGCAGCCCUCUCGUUCAGCUACAGUCAUUGUUAACGUGGCGGUGGCGGACAGCUUCCCUGAAGUGCUGUCAGAGUUCACUGACUUUACACACGACAAGGAGUACAAUGACAACCUGACUUUUUACUUAGUGUUGGCUCUGGCUGUAGUUUCCUUCCUCUUCAUCACGUGUUUAGUGGUUAUUAUAUCAGUGAAAAUCUACAGAUGGAGACAGUCUCGCAUCCUGUAUCACUCCAAUCUCCCUGUGAUUCCAUAUUAUCCACCACGUUACUCAGACACUUUGGGGACAGGGACUCUCCAACACGUGUACAAUUAUGAGGUGUGCAGGACGACUGACUCCAGAAAGAGUGACAUGAAAUAUAUGCAACCGAUGAGUCCAAGUUUAGUGAGUGUGGAUGGAGCAGGGGCUGAUACACCACAGUUGGAAAAGCAGCUGUCAGGGACCUGCUCUCUAAUGUCAACCUUGGUGAGUAAUUUCUUGAAUUCUCCAUGCUCCAUAUUCUCGUUUUUAAGAGGCCGAUGGCAAGCACUGUUUGUCAUUCUUUGUCUUUUCAAGCUGAGCUCAGUGACCGGGCAGGCUCGGUAUUCUAUACCGGAGGAGCAGGCAGAAGGGUCUUUCGUUGGAAAUAUUGCUAGAGAUUUAGGCUUGGAUGUGGCAAGGCUCAUAUCAGGUAAAGCUCGUAUUAUUACAAAAGGAAGUCGACAGUAUGUGGAUUUAAACCGAGACAAAGGCACACUUGUUAUUAAAGAACGAAUCGACCGAGAAGAGCUUUGUGGACAGACGACGCCCUGUAGCUUCAGUUUCGAGGUAAUUUUAGAAAAUCCAAUUCAGCUUUAUCGGGUAACAGUGGAGGUAACAGACAUUAAUGAUAACAGUCCGUCGUUCCCAAAAGAUGAAAUCAAUUUGAAAAUUGCCGAAAAUGCUGCAGCUGGGACUCGCUUCUCACUAGAGAGUGCAGACGAUCCUGAUGUUGGUAUUAAUGAUAUUCAGAAAUACACACUUAAACCCUCAGAUCAUUUUAAAUUGGAAAUACAGAGCCAACAGGAUGGAGGCAAAUUUAUCGAAAUGAUUUUAAAGAAUCCGUUAGAUCGAGAGAAAGAGGAGACUCACUCACUCGUGUUGAUUGCUUCAGAUGGCGGUGAGCCACACAGAUCAGGGACGGUGCGUAUUCACAUCACUGUGCUUGAUGUUAACGAUAAUGCGCCAGUGUGUAGCCAGCCUGUUUAUAAAGCAGAUGUCAGAGAAAAUUCUCCUGAAGGAACUGUGGUAACCACUGUUAGUGCAAAUGACGCAGAUGAAGGAGUCAGUAGUGAAGUCACUUAUUCUAUCGCUCAUGUCGCUAAAGAGGCGAAACAGCUGUUUGAAGUAAAUUCUAAAACAGGAGAGAUUAAAGUUACAGGUAAACUAGAUUUUGAAAAAUCUAAAACUUACCAAUUAAAUGUUAAGGCUAGUGACCACGGGGGAUUUACAGAUACGUGCAAAGUUAUUGUUCAAAUACUUGAUGAAAAUGACAAUGUCCCUACAAUACAGCUUAUGUCAUUUUCUAACUCUAUAUCGGAGGAUUCUCCCCCCGGUACAACUAUAGCUGUUGUUAACGUGGAUGAUGAAGACUCUGAUGGAAACGGUGUUGUCAAGUGCUCCAUUACCUCUGACGUACCUUUCAAAAUUGAAUCUUCAUUAACAGGAUAUUAUACAAUAGUAACAGAAGACUUCUUAGACAGAGAAAGUAUUCCUGAGUAUAAUAUCACCAUAACCGUCUCUGACCAAGGCUCUCCUCCUCUGUCUAACAGUAAAAACAUUAAUGUUAAAGUGUCUGACGUGAAUGACAGCCCACCCAAAUUCAAGCAGUCAGAAUAUAGUAAGAAUGUACCAGAGAACAACUCUCCCGGAUUAUCUGUGUUUACUCUCAGUGCUAGUGAUGCAGACUGGGGCCAAAACGCUCGAGUGUCUUACUUUCUGGAGGAGAAAGAGAUUAAUGGAGUAGCUGUGUCGUCAUUAGUGUCCAUAAACUCAGAAAACGGUGUCGUUCAUGCAGUGAGGUCGUUUGAUUAUGAACAAAUCAAAUGGUUUGAAUUCAAUGUGACUGCACGUGAUGCCGGGUCUCCUCCUCUGAGUUCGGUUGCUACAGUGAAACUUAUGAUCCAGGACCAGAACGACAACCCCCCUCAGGUUUUGUACCCAGUCCAGACUGGUGGCUCUCUGGUGGCUGAAAUGGUUCCUCGUUCAGCAGAUGUGGGCUAUCUGGUCACUAAAGUGGUGGCUGUGGAUGUGGACUCUGGACAGAAUGCCUGGCUCUCCUAUAAACUGCAGAAAGCCACAGACAGGGCGCUGUUUGAAGUGGGCUUACAGAAUGGAGAAAUAAGAACUAUCCGCCAGGUGACUGAUAAAGAUGCUGUGAAACAAAGACUGACUGUUAUAGUGGAGGACAACGGGCAGCCCUCUCGUUCAGCUACAGUCAUUGUUAACGUGGCGGUGGCGGACAGCUUCCCUGAAGUGCUGUCAGAGUUCACUGACUUUACACACGACAAGGAGUACAAUGACAACCUGACUUUUUACUUAGUGUUGGCUCUGGCUGUAGUUUCCUUCCUCUUCAUCACGUGUUUAGUGGUUAUUAUAUCAGUGAAAAUCUACAGAUGGAGACAGUCUCGCAUCCUGUAUCACUCCAAUCUCCCUGUGAUUCCAUAUUAUCCACCACGUUACUCAGACACUUUGGGGACAGGGACUCUCCAACAUGUGUAUAAUUACGAGGUGUGCAGGACGACUGACUCCAGAAAGAGUGACAUGAAAUAUAUGCAACCGAUGAGUCCAAGUUUAGUGAGUGUGGAUGGAGCUGAGGCUGAUACACCACAGUUGGAAAAGCAGCUGACAGGGACCUGCUCACAAAUGUCAACCUUGGUGAGUAAUUUCUUGAAUUCGUCAUCCUACAUAUUCUCAGGCCGAUGGCAAGCACUGUUUGUCAUUCUUUGUCUUUUCAAGCUGAGCUCAGUGACCGGGCAGGCUCGGUAUUCUAUACCGGAGGAGCAGGCAGAAGGGUCUUUCGUUGGAAACAUUGCUAGAGAUUUAGGCUUGGAUGUGGCGAGACUCAUAUCAGGUAAAGCUCGUAUUAUUACAAAAGGAAGUCGACAGUAUGUGGAUUUAAACCGAGACAAAGGCACACUUGUUAUUAAAGAACGAAUCGACCGAGAAGAGCUUUGUGGACAGACGACGCCCUGUAGCUUCAGUUUCGAGGUCAUUUUAGAAAAUCCAAUUCAGCUUUAUCGGGUAACAGUGGAGGUUACAGACAUUAAUGAUAACAGUCCGUCGUUCCCAAAAGAUGAAAUCAAUUUGAAAAUUGCUGAAAGUGUUGUAUCGGGGACUCGCUUCUCACUAGAGAGUGCAGAAGACCCCGAUGUUGGUAUUAAUGAUAUUCAGAAAUACACACUUAAACCUUCAGAUCAUUUCAAAUUGGAAAUACAGAGCCAACAGGAUGGAGGGAUUUUUAUCGAAAUGGUUUUACAGACCCCGUUAGAUCGAGAGAAAGAGGAGACUCACUCACUCGUGUUGAUUGCUUCAGAUGGCGGUGAGCCACACAGAUCAGGGACGGUGCGUAUUCACAUCACUGUGCUAGACGCUAACGAUAAUGCACCAGUGUGUAGCCAGCCUGUUUAUAAAGCAGAUGUCAGAGAAAAUUCUCCUGAAGGAACUGUGGUAACCACUGUUAGUGCAAAUGACGCAGAUGAAGGAGUCAGUAGUGAAGUAACUUAUUCUAUCGCUCAUGUCGCUAAAGAGGCCAAACAGCUGUUUGAAGUAAAUUCUAAAACAGGAGAGAUUAAAGUUACAGGUAAACUGGAUUUUGAAAAAUCUAAAACUUACCAGUUAAAUGUUAAGGCUAGUGACCACGGUGGAUAUACAGAUACAUGCAAAGUUAUUGUUCAAAUACUUGAUGAAAAUGACAAUGUCCCUACAAUACAGCUUAUGUCAUUUUCUAACUCUAUAUCGGAGGAUUCUCCCCCCGGUACAACUAUAGCUGUUGUUAACGUGGAUGAUGAAGACUCUGAUGGAAACGGUGUUGUCAAGUGCUCCAUUAACUCUGACGUACCUUUCAAAAUUGAAUCUUCAUUAACAGGAUAUUAUACAAUAGUAACAGAAGACUUCUUAGACAGAGAAAGUAUUCCUGAGUAUAAUAUCACCAUAACCGUCUCUGACCAAGGCUCUCCUCCUCUGUCUAACAGUAAAAACAUUAAUGUUAAAGUGUCUGACGUGAAUGACAGCCCACCCAAAUUCAAGCAGUCAGAAUAUAGUAAGAAUGUACCAGAGAACAACUCUCCCGGAUUAUCUGUGUUUACUCUCAGUGCUAGUGAUGCAGACUGGGGCCAAAACGCUCGAGUGUCUUACUUUCUGGAGGAGAAAGAGAUUAAUGGAGUAGCUGUGUCGUCAUUAGUGUCCAUAAACUCAGAAAACGGUGUCGUUCAUGCAGUGAGGUCGUUUGAUUAUGAACAAAUCAAAUGGUUUGAAUUCAAUGUGACUGCACGUGAUGCCGGAUCUCCUCCUCUGAGUUCGGUUGCUACAGUGAAACUUAUGAUCCAGGACCAGAACGACAACCCCCCUCAGGUUCUGUACCCAGUCCAGACUGGUGGCUCUCUGGUGGCUGAAAUGGUUCCUCGUUCAGCAGAUGUGGGCUAUCUGGUGACUAAAGUGGUGGCUGUGGAUGUGGACUCUGGACAGAAUGCCUGGCUCUCCUAUAAACUGCAGAAAGCCACAGACAGGGCGCUGUUUGAAGUGGGCUUACAGAAUGGAGAAAUAAGAACUAUCCGCCAGGUGACUGAUAAAGAUGCUGUGAAACAAAGACUGACUGUUAUAGUGGAGGACAACGGGCAGCCCUCUCGUUCAGCUACAGUCAUUGUUAACGUGGCGGUGGCGGACAGCUUCCCUGAAGUGCUGUCAGAGUUCACUGACUUUACACACGACAAGGAGUACAAUGACAACCUGACUUUUUACUUAGUGUUGGCUCUGGCUGUAGUUUCCUUCCUCUUCAUCACGUGUUUAGUGGUUAUUAUAUCAGUGAAAAUCUACAGAUGGAGACAGUCUCGCAUCCUGUAUCACUCCAAUCUUCCUGUGAUUCCAUAUUAUCCACCACGUUACUCAGACACUUUGGGGACAGGGACUCUCCAACACGUGUACAAUUACGAGGUGUGCAGGACGACUGACUCCAGAAAGAGUGACAUGAAAUAUAUGCAACCGAUGAGUCCAAGUUUAGUGAGUAUCGAUGGAGCUGGGGCAGAUACACCGCAGGUGGAGAAGCAGCUGACAGGGACCUGCUCUCAAAUGUCAACCUUGGUGAGUAAUUUCUUGGAUCCUGCUUACUCCAUAUUUUCAGGCCGAUGGCAAGCACUGUUUGUCAUUCUUUGUCUUUUCAAGCUGAGCUCAGUGACCGGGCAGGCUCGGUAUUCUAUACCGGAGGAGCAGGCAGAAGGGUCUUUCGUUGGAAACAUUGCUAGAGAUUUAGGCUUGGAUGUGGCGAGACUCAUAUCAGGUAAAGCUCGUAUUAUUACAAAAGGAAGUCGACAGUAUGUGGAUUUAAACCGAGACAAAGGCACACUUGUUAUUAAAGAACGAAUCGACCGAGAAGAGCUUUGUGGACAGACGACGCCCUGUAGCUUCAGUUUCGAGGUCAUUUUAGAAAAUCCAAUUCAGCUUUAUCGGGUAACAGUGGAGGUAACAGACAUUAAUGAUAACAGUCCGUCGUUCCCAAAAGAUGUAAUUAAUUUGAAAAUUGUCGAAAAUGCUGCAGCUGGGACUCGUUUCUCACUGGAGAGUGCAGAAGACCCCGAUGUUGGUAUUAAUGAUAUUCAGAAAUACACACUUAAACCUUCAGAUCAUUUCAAAUUGGAUAUACAGAGCCAACUGGAUGGAGGGAUUUUUAUCGAAAUGGUUUUACAGACCCCGUUAGAUCGAGAGAAAGAGGAGAGUCACUCACUCGUGUUGAUUGCUUCGGAUGGCGGUGAGCCACACAGAUCAGGGACGGUGCGUAUUCACAUCACUGUGCUAGAUGCUAACGAUAAUGCGCCAGUGUGUAGCCAGCCUGUUUAUAAAGCAGAUGUCAGGGAAAAUUCUCCUGAAGGAACUGUGGUAACCACUGUUAGUGCAAAUGACGCAGAUAAAGGACAUUACGGUGAAGUAACUUAUUCUAUCGCUCAUGUCGCUAAAGAGGCGAAACAGCUGUUUGAAGUAAAUAUGAAAACAGGAGAGAUUAAAGUUACAGGUAAACUGGAUUUUGAAAAAUCUAAGACUUACCAAUUAAAUGUUCAGGCUAGUGACCACGGGGGAUAUACGGAUACGUGCAAAGUUAUUGUUCAAAUACUUGAUGAAAAUGACAAUGUCCCUACAAUACAGCUUAUGUCAUUUUCUAACUCUAUAUCGGAGGAUUCUCCCCCCGGUACAACUAUAGCUGUUGUUAACGUGGAUGAUGAAGACUCUGAUGGAAACGGUGUUGUCAAGUGCUCCAUUACCUCUGACGUACCUUUCAAAAUUGAGUCUUCAUUAACAGGAUAUUAUACAAUAGUAACAGAAGACUUCUUAGACAGAGAAAGUAUUCCUGAGUAUAAUAUCACCAUAACCGUCUCUGACCAAGGCUCUCCUCCUCUGUCUAACAGUAAAAACAUUAAUGUUAAAGUGUCUGACGUGAAUGACAGCCCACCCAAAUUCAAGCAGUCAGAAUAUAGUAAGACUGUACCAGAGAACAACUCUCCUGGAUUCUCUGUGUUUACUAUCAGUGCUAGUGAUGCAGACUGGGGCCAAAACGCUCGAGUGUCUUACUUUCUGGAGGAGAAAGAGAUUAAUGGAGUAGCUGUGUCGUCAUUAGUGUCCAUAAACUCAGAAAACGGUGUCGUUCAUGCAGUGAGGUCGUUUGAUUAUGAACAAAUCAAAUGGUUUGAAUUCAACGUGACUGCACGUGAUGCCGGAUCUCCUCCUCUGAGUUCGGUUGCUACAGUGAAAAUAAUAAUCCAGGACCAGAACGACAACCCUCCUCAGGUUCUGUACCCAGUCCAGACUGGUGGUUCUCUGGUGGCUGAAAUGGUUCCUCGUUCAGCAGAUGUGGGCUAUCUGGUCACUAAAGUGGUGGCCGUGGAUGUGGACUCUGGACAGAAUGCCUGGCUCUCCUAUAAACUACAGAAAGCCACAGACAGGGCGCUGUUUGAAGUGGGCUUACAGAAUGGAGAAAUAAGAACUAUCCGCCAGGUGACUGAUAAAGAUGCUGUGAAACAAAGACUGACUGUUAUAGUGGAGGACAACGGGCAGCCCUCUCGUUCAGCUACAGUCAUUGUUAACGUGGCGGUGGCGGACAGCUUCCCUGAAGUGCUGUCAGAGUUCACUGACUUUACACACGACAAGGAGUACAAUGACAACCUGACUUUUUACUUAGUGUUGGCUCUGGCUGUAGUUUCCUUCCUCUUCAUCACGUGUUUAGUGGUUAUUAUAUCAGUGAAAAUCUACAGAUGGAGACAGUCUCGCAUCCUGUAUCACUCCAAUCUCCCUGUGAUUCCAUAUUAUCCACCACGUUACUCAGACACUUUGGGGACAGGGACUCUCCAACACGUGUACAAUUACGAGGUGUGCAGGACGACUGACUCCAGAAAGAGUGACAUGAAAUAUAUGCAACCGAUGAGUCCAAGUUUAGUGAGUAUCGAUGGAGCUGGGGCAGAUACACCGCAGGUGGAGAAGCAGCUGACAGGGACCUGCUCUCAAAUGUCAACCUUGGUGAGUAAUUUCUUGGAUCCUGCUUACUCCAUAUUUUCAGGCCGAUGGCAAGCACUGUUUGUCAUUCUUUGUCUUUUCAAGCUGAGCUCAGUGACCGGGCAGGCUCGGUAUUCUAUACCGGAGGAGCAGGCAGAAGGGUCUUUCGUUGGAAACAUUGCUAGAGAUUUAGGCUUGGAUGUGGCGAGGCUCAAAUCAGGUAAAGCUCGUAUUAUUACAAAAGGAAGUCGACAGUAUGUGGAUUUAAACCGAGACAAAGGCACACUUGUUAUUAAAGAGCGUAUCGACCGAGAAGAGCUUUGCGGACAGACGACGCCCUGUAGCUUCAGUUUCGAGGUCAUUUUAGAAAAUCCAAUUCAGCUUUAUCGGGUAACAGUGGAGGUAACAGACAUUAAUGAUAACAGUCCGUCGUUCCAAAAGGUUGAAAUCAAUUUGAAAAUAGCUGAAAAUGCUGCACUAGGGACUCGUUUCUCUUUGGUGAGUGCAGACGAUCCUGAUGUUGGCAUUAACGAUAUUCAGAAAUACACACUUAAACCUUCAGAUCAUUUCAAAUUGGAAGUCCAUAGCCAACCGGAUGGUGGCAAAUUUAUUGAAAUGGUUUUACAGACCCCGUUAGAUCGAGAGAAAGAGGAGACUCACUCACUCGUGUUGAUUGCUUCAGAUGGCGGUGAGCCACACAGAUCAGGGACGGUGCGUAUUCAUAUAACUGUGCUUGAUGUUAACGAUAAUGCACCAGUGUGUAGCCAGCCUGUUUAUAAAGCAGAUGUCAGGGAAAAUUCUCCUGAAGGAACUGUGGUAACCACUGUUAGUGCAAAUGACGCAGAUGAAGGAGUCAGUAGUGAAGUCACUUAUUCCUUCCCCCAUGUCGCUAAAGAGGCGAAACAGCUGUUUGAAGUAAAUUCUAAAACAGGAGAGAUUAAAGUUACAGGUAAAUUAGAUUUUGAAAAAUCUAAAACUUACCAAUUAAAUGUUCAGGCUAGUGACCACGGGGGAUUUACAGAUACGUGCAAAGUUAUUGUUCAAAUACUUGAUGAAAAUGACAAUGUCCCUACAAUACAGCUUAUGUCAUUUUCUAACUCUAUAUCGGAGGAUUCUCCCCCCGGUACAACUAUAGCUGUUGUUAACGUGGAUGAUGGAGACUCUGAUGGAAACGGUGUUGUCAAGUGCUCCAUUAACUCUGACGUACCUUUCAAAAUUGAGUCUUCAUUAACAGGAUAUUAUACAAUAGUAACAGAAGACUUCUUAGACAGAGAAAGUAUUCCUGAGUAUAAUAUCACCAUAACCGUCUCUGACCAAGGCUCUCCUCCUCUGUCUAACAGUAAAAACAUUAAUGUUAAAGUGUCUGACGUGAAUGACAGCCCACCCAAAUUCAAGCAGUCAGAAUAUAGUAAGACUGUACCAGAGAACAACUCUCCCGGAUUCUCUGUGUUUACUAUCAGUGCUAGUGAUGCAGACUGGGGCCAAAACGCUCGAGUGUCUUACUUUCUGGAGGAGAAAGAGAUUAAUGGAGUAGCUGUGUCGUCAUUAGUGUCCAUAAACUCAGAAAACGGUGUCGUUCAUGCAGUGAGGUCGUUUGAUUAUGAACAAAUCAAAUGGUUUGAAUUCAAUGUGACUGCACGUGAUGCCGGAUCUCCUCCUCUGAGUUCGGUAGCUACAGUGAAAAUAAUGAUCCAAGACCAGAACGACAACCCCCCUCAGGUUCUGUACCCAGUCCAGACUGGUGGCUCUGUGGUGGGUGAAAUGGUUCCUCGUUCAUCAGAUGUCGGCUAUCUGGUGACUAAAGUGGUGGCUGUGGAUGUGGACUCUGGACAGAAUGCCUGGCUCUCCUAUAAACUGCAGAAAGCCACAGACAGGGCGCUGUUUGAAGUGGGCUUACAGAAUGGAGAAAUAAGAACUAUCCGCCAGGUGACUGAUAAAGAUGCUGUGAAACAAAGACUGACUGUUAUAGUGGAGGACAACGGGCAGCCCUCUCGUUCAGCUACAGUCAUUGUUAACGUGGCGGUGGCGGACAGCUUCCCUGAAGUGCUGUCAGAGUUCACUGACUUUACACACGACAAGGAGUACAAUGACAACCUGACUUUUUACUUAGUGUUGGCUCUGGCUGUAGUUUCCUUCCUCUUCAUCACGUGUUUAGUGGUUAUUAUAUCAGUGAAAAUCUACAGAUGGAGACAGUCUCGCAUCCUGUAUCACUCCAAUCUCCCUGUGAUUCCAUAUUAUCCACCACGUUACUCAGACACUUUGGGGACAGGGACUCUCCAACACGUGUACAAUUACGAGGUGUGCAGGACGACUGACUCCAGAAAGAGUGACAUGAAAUAUAUGCAACCGAUGAGUCCAAGUUUAGUGAGUGUGGAUGGAGCUGAGGCUGAUACACCACAGGUGGAAAAGCAGCUGACAGGGACCUGCUCUCAAAUGUCAACCUUGGUGAGUAAUUUCUUGAAUUCUCCAUGGUACUUAUUCUCGUCUUUCCGGUUUUAUUUUUUUUCGUAUCUUUUUUCUGACAGUAUUAAGGAUUACUGCGUGUGUACUCUUGGAUUUAUGAUGGGGUGGAUGUGGAUAACCGUUUGCAGAGGCCGAUGGCAAGCACUGUUUGUCAUUCUUUGUCUUUUCAAGCUGAGCUCAGUGACCGGGCAGGCUCGGUAUUCUAUACCGGAGGAGCAGGCAGAAGGGUCUUUCGUUGGAAACAUUGCUAGAGAUUUAGGCUUGGAUGUGGCGAGACUCAUAUCAGGUAAAGCUCGUAUUAUUACUAAAGGAAGUCGACAGUAUGUGGAUUUAAACCGAGACAAAGGCACACUUGUUAUUAAAGAACGAGUCGACCGAGAAGAGCUUUGUGGACAGACGACGCCCUGUAGCUUCAGUUUCGAGGUAAUUUUAGAAAAUCCAAUUCAGCUUUAUCGGGUAACAGUGGAGGUUACAGACAUUAAUGAUAACAGUCCGUCGUUCCCAAAAGAUGAAAUCAAUUUGAAAAUUGUUGAAAAUGCCGCAUUACGAACUCGUUUCUCAUUGGUGAGUGCAGACGAUCCUGAUGUUGGCAUUAAUGAUAUUCAGAAAUACACACUUAAACCCUCAGAUAAUUUCAAAUUGGAAAUCCAGAGCCAAGCAGAUGGAGGCAAAUUUAUCGAAAUGGUUUUACAGACCCCGUUAGAUCGAGAGAAAGAGGAGACUCACUCACUCGUGUUGAUUGCUUCAGAUGGCGGUGAGCCACACAGAUCAGGAACGGUGCGUAUUCAUAUAACUGUGCUUGAUGUUAACGAUAAUGCGCCAGUGUGUAGCCAGCCUGUUUAUAAAGCAGAUGUCAGGGAAAAUUCUCCUGAAGGAACUGUGGUAACCACUGUUAGUGCAAAUGACGCAGAUGAAGGAGUCAGUAGUGAAGUCACUUAUUCCUUCCCCCAUGUCGCUAAAGAGGCGAAACAGCUGUUUGAAGUAAAUUCUAAAACAGGAGAGAUUAAAGUUACAGGUAAACUGGAUUUUGAAAAAUCUAAGACUUACCAAUUAAAUGUUCAGGCUAGUGACCACGGGGGAUAUACAGAUACGUGCAAAGUUAUUGUUCAAAUACUUGAUGAAAAUGACAAUGUCCCUACAAUACAGCUUAUGUCAUUUUCUAACUCUAUAUCGGAGGAUUCUCCCCCCGGUACAACUAUAGCUGUUGUUAACGUGGAUGAUGAAGACUCUGAUGGAAACGGUGUUGUCAAGUGCUCCAUUACCUCUGACGUACCUUUCAAAAUUGAAUCUUCAUUAACAGGAUAUUAUACAAUAGUAACAGAAGACUUCUUAGACAGAGAAAGUAUUCCUGAGUAUAAUAUCACCAUAACCGUCUCUGACCAAGGCUCUCCUCCUCUGUCUAACAGUAAAAACAUUAAUGUUAAAGUGUCUGACGUGAAUGACAGCCCACCCAAAUUCAAGCAGUCAGAAUAUAGUAAGACUGUACCAGAGAACAACUCUCCCGGAUUCUCUGUGUUUACUAUCAGUGCUAGUGAUGCAGACUGGGGCCAAAACGCUCGAGUGUCUUACUUUCUGGAGGAGAAAGAGAUUAAUGGAGUAGCUGUGUCGUCAUUAGUGUCCAUAAACUCAGAAAACGGUGUCGUUCAUGCAGUGAGGUCGUUUGAUUAUGAACAAAUCAAAUGGUUUGAAUUCAAUGUGACUGCACGUGAUGCCGGAUCUCCUCCUCUGAGUUCGGUUGCUACAGUGAAAAUAAUGAUCCAGGACCAGAACGACAACCCCCCUCAGGUUUUGUACCCAGUCCAGACUGGUGGCUCUCUGGUGGCUGAAAUGGUUCCUCGAUCAGCAGAUGUGGGCUAUCUGGUGACUAAAGUGGUGGCUGUGGAUGUGGACUCUGGACAGAAUGCCUGGCUCUCCUAUAAACUGCAGAAAGCCACAGACAGGGCGCUGUUUGAAGUGGGCUUACAGAAUGGAGAAAUAAGAACUAUCCGCCAGGUGACUGAUAAAGAUGCUGUGAAACAAAGACUGACUGUUAUAGUGGAGGACAACGGGCAGCCCUCUCGUUCAGCUACAGUCAUUGUUAACGUGGCGGUGGCGGACAGCUUCCCUGAAGUGCUGUCAGAGUUCACUGACUUUACACACGACAAGGAGUACAAUGACAACCUGACUUUUUACUUAGUGUUGGCUCUGGCUGUAGUUUCCUUCCUCUUCAUCACGUGUUUAGUGGUUAUUAUAUCAGUGAAAAUCUACAGAUGGAGACAGUCUCGCAUCCUGUAUCACUCCAAUCUCCCUGUGAUUCCAUAUUAUCCACCACGUUACUCAGACACUUUGGGGACAGGGACUCUCCAACACGUGUACAAUUACGAGGUGUGCAGGACCACUGACUCCAGAAAGAGUGACUGUAAGUUCGGCACAGCUGGUAGUCAGAACGUGCUGAUAAUGGACCCCAGUUCUACAGGGACGAUGCAGCGGAUACAAAGUGAAAAGAGCAUCCUGGAUGAACCUGACUCUCCUUUAGAGGUGCGUGUCUUUAUUCAUGAUUCUCCACAAACUUCCGAUGAAUAA